UGCUGGAAGUGGGGUUUCUUUGGUGCCUUAAUUGCGAGCAUGAGAUGGACGUGAAUGUGUUUGUUCGGUUGACACCCAAGAGCAGAACGGCGUGCAACCCCACCCAUCCGCCAGCUUGACUGACAAUCCUACCGGAUAUCCGACGACUGAUGGACGCAACAGGUGCAACAUUUGGGCCGCCGAGUCUGAUCAUUAUGACUCGCCUGCCGGUCCCAUCACCAGGCGUACUAACCCGGUUGCAGCAAUAAGUCGUCACUGUUAAGACGUUCCUCUGGCUGGACAGGAACAGGCAACAGAACCUGGUGAUGGGGAAAGAAAUAAAUUAAGGAGAGAAAGAAGAUGACCAAAACCGGCCCCCACGGAGCAUCCAAGGUAAGGCUCAAGGCGCUUGAGUCGCCGCAUCUCAUGGUGGUCAGGCCAUCUCGACGUCGUUUGACCAGCACCCGAGCUUCAAUCUCGAACCAAGUGUUUCCCCGUUGCCAGAUCCAUACCCCCCCGUACGCAGUUGGAGCAUCUUUGGAGUCGCGCAAAGAUGCUACGCCGCCCCUCCCCUCCUGUCUUCGACCACAUAGCUCUGCUCCAUUGCGGGUUUCCGGUUUCCUCGGCUUCGCAUCUUGCCUACUGUACCCAUUCUGUCACCGAAUUGCGAGGGCGGAAUGCGCGCGGCUGUUGCCCAAGAAACCAGGUCGACUCUGGCAAUCAGUCCAUCGUCAACGCCGCCACGACAUCAUACGUACAACCGCGAGCCUCGGGAAUCGCUACUUCGUAGCGGCAGCUGGGAUUCCCGCGACGAGCUUUGUUGGGUCACGGCACGCGUUCUGAAUCUCGUGACGCGAGGCUCCAAAGUCUCUCCCCCUCUCUCUCUCUCUCUCUCUGCUUCUAUCUCGAUACCAUAUAGGUCUAGGGGCCGCUAUCAGCUGCAUCAGGCCAUGUGCAGCCUUGUUCGCCGUCGUGGG